UUGGCUGUAGAUGCUACACAUUUGACUGGAAGAUGGAGAGGACAGCUAGUAGCAGCUUCUGCAGUUGAUGGACACAACUGGCUAUUCCCAGUUGCAUUUGGUGUGGUGGAGGCAGAGUCUGAGGAAAGUUGGGUCUGGUUUCUGCAGCAGUUGCGCAACAUUAUAGGCACACCCCCAGGUUUAGCUAUACACACAGAUGCUUGCAAGGGUUUAGAGAGUGCAGUGGAAAUUGUAUUCCCUGGAGUGGAGCAUAGGGAAUGUAUGCGACACCUAGCGCAUAAUUUCAAAAAGAAGUUCAAAGGUAAAGUUUAUGAUGAGAACUUAUGGCCAGCAUCAUACACAUGCAGCAAAAGGAAGCAUGAACACCAUUUGAGAGUGUUGUAUGCUCAAAAUCCUCUUGUGAAGGAGUACAUGGAUGCACAUCAUGGUAAGGUGUGGUCAAGAAGGCAAUUCAACGAAAUCUGCAAAGUAGAUUAUGUGACCAGUAACCUUGCAGAAUGCUUCAAUUCAAAGUUCAAGUCAGUGAAAGGGCUCUUGUUGUGGCAAGCAUUUGACAAGAUGAGGCAAAUGAUCAUGAUAAAGAUGGCUCUUCGCAAAAGAAUUGCAGAAACACAAUAUGUUGGUCAUCAAAUGCUCCCAUCACUGAUUAAGGCAUUGCACUUGAAGGCAAGAGGACUGAAGAUGAAAUGUAUUCGAUCUGGUACAUAUGAGGGAGAGGUUACAUAUACUGACACUAAAAAUAGGGUAUGGAGGUAUCCUGUGAACCUAAGUACUAGAGAAUGUACUUGUAGGCAAUGGCAGAUCCGUGGGAAGCCAUGCAUACAUGCCCUACAUCUGAUGACCGUUAUCGGGGGUGCAGAUGGUGAAGUUGAUCAAUAUUGCUCUGAGUAUUUCUCUGUUGCCAAAUUUAUGUCUGCUUAUGCUGACAAUGUGCCUGCACUAUUGGGGAAACAUCAAUGGAACAUAGUAGAUCCAGGGUUCAAACUCCACGCUCCUGUCAUUACUAGACCACCAGGAAGACCAAGGAACCAGAGGAUUAGAGCAGGUGAGGAGGGUUGUCUACCAAAGAAGCGUGCUUGCAAAAAAUGUGGAGUUCUGGGGCAUAUUGCUAGGCUUUGUACCAAUGCAGUGGAUGCAUCAUUUGGAGAGGAGGAAAGAUGGACAGCAGCCAAUGCUGAGGAGAAUGCAGCAGCAAUGGAGACUGAAGCUGCAGUGGAGAAGGCAGCAGCAAUUGAAGUAGUGGAGAAUGCAGCAGCAAAUGAAGCAUCUUGCUCUAGGGAGAAAAGGCCAAGAGAUGAAGAAGCAGAAGAUUUUGAAACCAUGGCCUUUGAUGGUUUUGAAGCUAUAAGAGAGGAAGAGGGGGGGUAAUUUUUCCAACUGUGCCUUUAAAGAUUAUUGAACCCAUAGAUGACCGUCAAAUGGUCGUCAAGUGCUCGGCGAGUGGAACUACUCCAUCAACACCUCCACGGGGAAAACCCCAAGUAAAGCCCAAGAUCAAAAGGAACAAGAGUCUGAAAGAAAAGAGCAUCUCAACUAGGGAAACCAGGAGCAAGACGGUGAAGCCAGCUGCAAACACAAGGAGCAAGUCGAAAAUUUGAAUUAAGUUGUUGGGAAAUGUUUGUGUUGUCAAUUUGAAGGCGAGUCGAUCGCUUAAAACUUGGUAGAUUUGUAUUAAGAUGUUGGCAUCUUAAAACUUGGUAUAUUUGAGCUACUGUGAAAACUUAUCAGUUGUAAUAAGGGAUCCCUUGUAAUAAUGUAGCUUCUACUUUGGUUUCUUAUUUGUGUCAGAAUUCAAAUUUCCAUCAAAAUUUGAAUUUAAAUCAAUAUUUUAAUUUGGGCCAAAAUUUGGAUUCGAGCCAAAGUUGAAGUUGAACAUUGGAGGUUCAUUGCUCUGUGUGGUGUAUUUGAUCGAGCAUUUGAAGCCCAAUAUACGUAGGUGAACAGUCCGAAUGAGAAAUGUGCUAGAAACAAGCUUGAAAGCUAGGGUAAACAGCCCUAUUUGAAAUCAAGUUUUUUUUACCUUGGCUAAAUGAGGCAUAUAUAUUUUUAUGAACACUUGUUCCAUAUAUAUAUGGUAAAAACGAAGUCUCACUAUUUAUUGAUUAAUAUUCAUAU